GCCACUGCUGAUGAAAGAGAAGUGCACUCUGCCAACACGCACCUCCGGAGCUCAUUUCAAUUCCGACUGCCGCAAUUUGCAAUGUUAACGAAGAGGCCAGAGAGUGCGUUAGCCAAUUACAGCACCCAAUAUUGCCCUCCCAAGCUAUUCUCGGUAGUCGUUUUUUGCAAUUCGUCCGGGUCGCACACCAGCAUAAUAUCGCGGCAGUUGCUUUAAACUUGUUUGUUUUCUUUGGGGGAGCAAAGACGAUUACCCCGCGCGGCUCUCGGUCUGCUGUGUGUUUUCUUGGCUGCCCAGUUUUAUUCGUCGGCGGUGUGAGUCAACACGAUGCCGCUGACUCUGACGGAAUUCAUCGUUCUACUCGCAGCGCUGACUACUGCUCUUUUCCACAGUUCAGUGUCUGAUGAACUGCCUUGGGAUGAUUGCCACGUGUUUAUUACCGUCGGAUCCUAUUGGUACAAGAGCAUAAAAAAUGAUGGCCUGAAAGGCUUGCAAACAAGACAUCUAGAAUUGAAUUGGGAACCAACACUAUGUGGAGGGGUUCUCUACAGCGUAUUUUUGUUUUCCCAGGAUCCAACAAAUGAAAGUUUCAACCAAACCGAAAGCUUCCUGGAUAGCGUCGUUUGCAAUCAACACCCUAGAAAUUUCUACCGCAGCAAUGCCACCUUAGGCCGACCAAAAUUACCAGGAGGCUGGGACAAGGAGACUAUACUUAAAAACGAACAAAACAAUGCCACAACAAUGCCAACACCGGGCAUUCACUGUCUUCCUUAUUGGAUUGCUGCCUUAAGUAGAAAUGGAAGCCUCCUUGCGUCCGACUGUUUGAAAAUCAGACCAACAUGGAUGGGAGACAUGAAGUCCCAAAUUGAGGGUGCAAGGGUAAGCAAGUUAAUGAUCCCCGGCACCCACAAUUCUGGCUGCUAUUACGGAAAAGAUAUCGGAUCACGUGGAGACGUCAUUUACCGCUUUACGCGGACCCAGGAUGAGGACAUUUGGGAGCAGCUGGUAUGGGGCGCAAGAUAUCUCGAUCUGAGGGUCGGAUAUUACGAGAGGAAGAAUGAGCAAUUUUGGAUAAACCACGCUCGUGAAAGAAUUACGGAGCUGCGACCUGUCUUGCAAGACGUAGCCAGAUUUAUGCGAAUGAGUCCAAAUGAAGUGGUGAUCGUCGAUUUUCACCGGUUCCCAGUGGGAUUUUCUGGCAAAUUCCAAAAGUAUGCAGUAAGGCACAGAUGGCUGGCCAACUUAAUUAAUGAAGAACUAGGCAGUAUGGCAACACAGUGUGUUUUUAUGAGUAGUCCUCGGCUGAGCGACCUUUGGCACAGCGGCAAACGACUUAUGGUCUACCACGCGAAGAGGCAUGAAGUGCACGUGAACUGGAACGACGACUGGCUUUGCGCUCCCUUGCUCCAGGCUUGGGGCAACCAGCAGAACGCAACUGGCCUUGGCAACUACAUCGAGGAAGCUAUGCAGAAGUACUCUGGCCGACCUUUGCCCUGGUCAAUUAUGGCUGAACUGACUCCAAAGUACUCGGACGCGAUUCUCCGGCCGCAGAGGGGACUCCGAAUGAUGGCGGACGAUGUAAACCGCGGAAUAACUAAUUUGUUUAGGCAUAAGUGGUGGAAGGAUGCUAACAUUGUAGCCACCGACUUCCUCUUGGGUAACAAAAUUAUUGAUGUAGCCAUCGAAGCAAACGAAAAACGCUACCCAAAGUACGCCUCUAAGUCCUACCUGCCAAAUGGGUAUUGAUAAAUACAACGAAACAUACAAAUUGAAGUAUUGUAAUAAUAGAAGUGAAAUAAAAAUUUUAUAAAAUCAAA